UUUGCGUAGUCAGCAAUGACCGCUCUUUGGUAGUCGGCGCAGUUGAUUCACGUCAAAAUUUAAUAUUUUUUUGGAAGAAGAAAAGUUCUUAAAAAUUGUGAAGAAGAAAUUCCUGCAAGAUGGGCAAUACGGAUACCAAAUUGGUCUUCAGGAAGGCAAUUGUGCAGCUAACAACAAAGAAUCAGAAAAUUGACGCAACCGAUGAUGCGUUCUGGGAUCAAUUUUGGUCGGAGCACAGCACAAAUGUUCAGGAUGUUUUUGCCUUGGUGCCACCAAAUGAGAUACGAACACUGCGGCAGGAUAAUCCCACGAAUCUCGCUACACUCCUGUACAAAGCCACUGAGCGUCUGGUGCGAGCAGUGGAUAACAGCUGUCGCACCCAAGCAGAGCAGCAGAUUGUCCUGAAUUGCGUACGUCUCCUACAGCGAAUUCUUCCGUAUAUUUUUGAGGACAGUGAAUGGAAGAACUUCUUCUGGUCACAACUGCCAUCCGGCAAUGCGGGUGAUGACACAUCAACGCCACUGGCACAGAGUCUCCUCAAUGCAAUAUGCGACUUGCUGUUCUGCCCAGAUUUUACAGUGGUGGCAACUCGUCGUGCUGGACCGGAUAAAGCGGAAGAGUUGACAAAUAUUGAUAGUUGCGAGUACAUUUGGGAAGCUGGAGUGGGAUUUGCUCAAUCUCCGCCCAAGCAUUCGCACAUGGAGUCACGCAGGACGGAAUUGCUGAAGCUCCUCCUGACGUGCUUCAGUGAGACCAUGUACCGUGCCCCAAGUACGAGUGAGGAGCCCAAUAAGUGGAUUGCUCACUUCACAAGUGCUGAAAAUCGCCAUGCACUGCCACUCUUCACGUCCCUCCUCAACACGGUGUGCGCGUAUGAUCCUGUGGGCUUUGGGGUGCCGUACAAUCAUCUCCUGUUUACGGAUUCAAUGGAACCCCUGGUGGAGGUUUGCCUGCAGAUGCUGAUUGUUACCCUGGAUCACGAUAUGACGCUCAAUAGCCCAACAACAGCGGCCUACGAUGAGACAACACUCGGGGAUAAUCUCUUUAUUAAUUACCUGAGUCGCGUACAUCGUGAUGAGGAUUUUGACUUUAUUCUCCGGGGGAUUACGCGUCUCCUCAAUAAUCCCCUCGUUCAGAGCUACUUACCAAAUUCCACGAAACGCCUCCAUUGCCAUCAGGAGCUUCUUGUUUUCUUCUGGAAGAUUUGUGACUACAACAAAAAGUUCCUGUACUUUGUGCUGAAGAGCAGCGAUGUCCUCGAUGUCCUCGUGCCCAUCCUGUAUCAUCUCAAUGACUCAAGAGCUGAUCAAUCUCGUGUUGGUUUGAUGCACAUCGGAGUGUUUAUUCUGCUCCUUCUCUCGGGUGAAAGGAAUUUCGGAGUGCGCCUCAAUAAACCCUACACAGCCACUGUCCCAAUGGACAUUCCCGUCUUCACUGGAACCCAUGCAGAUCUCCUUGUUACCGUAUUUCACAAAAUAAUCGCAACGGGGCACCAGAGAUUGCAACCACUCUUCGAUUGCCUCCUCACGAUCCUCGUGAAUGUGUCUCCCUACCUCAAGACACUCUCAAUGGUGGCAAGUAUAAAGCUCCUGCACCUCCUGGAGGCCUUUAGUACACCGUGGUUCCUCUACUCAGCCCCGGAUAAUCAUCAUUUAGUCUUCUUCCUCCUGGAGAUCUUCAAUAACAUCAUUCAGUACCAAUUUGAUGGGAAUUCCAAUCUUGUCUACACAAUCAUACGGAAGCGUCAUGUUUUUCAUGCCUUGGCUAAUUUGCCAUCAGACAUGAGUGGGAUAUCGCGAUGCUUGAGCAACCGGAAGGUACCACGACGUGCUGCCCCAGCGGCUAUUGUGGCAACAAAGGCACCACCACAGGAUGCCGAUGAGGAGGAUGAAGGAGAAUCAGAGGAGGACAAUAAGAGUGACACAAUUGUCGAAGAGGAAUCAAUGGAGGGUUCCAAACCAGCUCAACCCGCUGAACCGGGUACCCUGAAAGUAUCUCUCCUCGAUACUCCAGCCCUUGGUCAGAUGACUGAACGUGAAUCAGCUCACAUGAGUUCAUCGCAAUCCCAGGAAGCACCACCCCUGUGCGAUAUAUCCAGCACACUGUCCACUCUAUCGUGUGAGGAUGAAAAGAGUGAGGUAUCCUCCACAAAGAGUCAAACAACUUCGCCAGCAACAAGCCCCAAAGGCCCAGCUCCUGCCCUAAAACGUGCUGUAGCACAACGUGGGAGUAUCCGGGUUACGGCAACAAGUGGUGCGGGAUCAGCUGCUCAUGUGUGGACCCCAACACCUGAAUGGGUGGCAUCGUGGCGAGCAAAGUUGCCACUGCAGACAAUAAUGCGCCUCCUGCAGGUGUUAGUGCCGCAAGUGGAGAAAAUUUGCAUCGACAAAGGCCUCACGGAUGAGUCGGAGAUCCUGAAAUUCCUCCAACAUGGAACACUCGUUGGCCUCCUUCCGGUGCCACAUCCAAUCCUCAUAAGGAAGUACCAAGCAAAUAGUGGGACAACAGCCUGGUUCAGGACAUACAUGUGGGGCGUAAUCUACCUCAGAAAUAUCGAACCGGCCAUUUGGUACGACACUGAUGUGAAGCUGUUUGAAAUUCAGAGAGUCUAAAGGAGAAGGGAGGGAAAUCAGUCAAUUGGUGGAUUUUCUUGAAUUUUCCAAUGGCAGCAGAUCCAUUCUAUUCUAUUUAUUCUUUUGUAGUUUCUUUAUUUUAUUUUUUUAUUAGUUCUCAAUUUUUUAAUCCUUUGUUGUGAUAUUUUUAAGAGAAUUAUUUUACAAUUUUUCCUUUCCGUUCUAUUUACUAUUUAAAGUGCUUUAAAUGUGCAAGAGAUUGAUUUUUUUCUAGAAAUUAUUUACAUUUUUUUUUUGUAUUUAUAAAGCACCUUUAUUUUUAUUUUUCUUUCAAUUUAAUUCUCUUUUCUGAUUCUUUCAAUAAAACUAACAUUCCACAAAAUGCGAAAAUUUUUCAAUUGGAAAUGUUUUGUACUUAUUUUGGAGCCAGACCAAAAUUAUCAUAACAAUAUCAAAUAAUAAGAUUUAAAAAAAGAAAUCUUUAGCUUAUAUACUUCUACUAUAUAAAGAAAAUGCUUAAAAUUGUGCAUAUGUAAUGUAAUUAAUAAAAUAAUAUAUUUAAAAAAAAAGAAAAAUAAACGGCACUGCACCAAAAUAAAAA